AUGGCCGGCUUGGUGGACUUCCAGGACGAGGAGCAGGUGAAAUCGUUUCUGGAGAACAUGGAGGUGGAAUGCAACUACUCGUGCUACCGCGAGAAGGACCCGGAUGGCUGUUAUCGGCUGGUGGACUACUUGGAAGGGAUCCAGAAGAAUUUUGAUGAGGCUGCCAAAGUGUUGAAGUUCAACUGUGAAGAUUACAAGCAUAGCGAGAGCUGCUACAAGCUGGGGGCCUAUUAUGUGACCGGAAAAGGCGGACUGACCCAGGACCUGAAAGCUGCCUUCAGCUGCUUUCUGAUGGCGUGUGAGAAGCCCGGCAAGAAGUCUGUGGAGGCCUGUCACAAUGUUGGUCUCCUGGCACACGAUGGGCAGGUCAAUGGCGACGGCCAGCCCGACCUGGGGACGGCCAGGGACUAUUACACGAGGGCCUGUGAAGGCAGCUAUGCCCCGAGCUGCUUCAACCUCAGCGCCAUGUUUCUGCAGGGCGCUCCCGGCUUCCCCAAGGACAUGGGCCUCGCGUACAAAUACACCAUGAAAGCCUGUGACCUGGGCCACGUCUGGGCCUGCGCCAACGCCAGCCGCAUGCACAAGCUGGGGGAUGGCGUCGCUAAGGAUGAAGCCAAGGCCGAGGCACUAAAAAACAGGGCCAUGAAACUGCAUAAAGAACAGCAGAAAAAUGUCCAGCCGCUGACGCUCGGGUAG